AUGAAACCUUCUGGGGCGAGAAAAACUCCAGGCACCUUUUCGGGCCUGAGCAUAUUCUCAACUCACUUCCAUCGCAUGCUGGUUUUAACUUCAACGACUGACAAAAUGCAUUCAAAUGACCUAUAUCGUGAGAGAAAAUAUGGCGUCGAAUCGCCAUCAUGGGUAAAGGCAGAUUACAAGCAGAAGAUGCACAUGACAAGAUCAGGAGAAGAGCCAUUCCAGCCCGGUGUGCAAAAUAACAUUGAGACCAGACUCAUGAAAGUUCUGCUCGUCAUUACCUGCUUGAUUAUUUCUACUGGACCGGUAAGCCUUAAGCCUGAUUACAGACAAAGGUGCAUGUAUACGAAAAUGUCUUGA